UUCAUUGUUCUUCAAAUCCCAUUCUCUCUCUAAAACUCGUUCACCAACUCAACUCGGAUCAUAUCUUCCAUAGUUUCUCUCUCUAAAACCUCGAAGAACAAGAAGAACCAGAAGAAGAAAGAUGAUGCACAUGACCUUCUACUGGAGCAAGGACGUGACUCUCCUGAUCGACACGUGGCGGACAUCGACGUGGACUGGUUACGUACUCUCCUUGCUCGCUUGCUUGAUCGUCUCCGCCUUCUACCAGUACCUGGAAGAUCUCCGCCUCCGCGUCAAGAUCGCAUCCGCCGGAAAACCGUCCUCAUCGGCGCAGAACGAAGCAUCCGCCGCCGCUCCUCUCCUCCAAAAGAAUCUCGUCGGUAAGUGGUCGCUGGCCAGACUCGCCGGAGCUCUCCUCUUCGGCGUGAACUCGUCGAUCGGAUACCUUCUCAUGCUGGCGAUCAUGUCGUUCAACGGUGGCGUGUUUGUGGCCAUCAUUUUGGGCCUCACGAUCGGUUGCUUCGUUUUUCGGACCGCCGAUGAUGAUGUCACUCUCAUCGUCGAUAAUCCUUGUGCGUGUGCUUAAUAUAGUAUGAAUUUUCGAUUUCAUUUUCUCUUUCGUUUUUUUUUCCUAAAAAAAAUGUCAUGUAAAUCUACAAUUGUAGAGCUGAAACUUUUUUUUUUUACAUAUAAAUCUGCGUUGUUUUUUAUUCUCAA